AUGGCUUCCCCGGAAGCCCUCGUCACAGGCAACGCCGUCCUCGAUCGAAACCCAGACGAGUUCCUUACACGCUCGGUACAAGACCUGCUCAGCCUUAAGGGACGCACCAUUGUCAUCACUGGUGGGGGCCGUGGGCUGGGACUAGCCUUUGCCUUUGCGAUCGCCGAGGUUGGAGGCAAUGUCGCUAUCCUCGACGUGCUUGACAAGCCGCACAAUCACUUCAAGAAACUAGAGUCCAAGUCUGAUAUCAAGGUCAAGCUUUACAAGAGCGAUGUGACAAACUUUGCGACCCUCCAGACCACAUUCGAUGAGAUCGUCAAGGACUUCGGGCGUAUUGACGGGCUUGUAACCGCCGCUGGCAUCUGCCCUGAUGAGCCCUUUAUCAAACGAUCCCCCGAGUCCGUGGCACGGUGCCUAAACAUCAACGUCCUGGGAACGUACUACGCCGCACAGCUGGCCGCAGCACAGAUGGCAAAGCAGGAGCCGACCGACUUCAACCCGCGUGGCGGCUCGAUCGUGUUCAUCGCCUCUAUCGCCGCCCACGUCGCCAGCAAGGGCCAGACGACAAGCGACUACUGCGCCAGCAAGGGCGCCGUCGUCUCGCUGGCCAAGGCGCUGGGUGUGGAACUGGCAGGCAUGGGCAUCCGCGUCAACUCCAUCUCGCCUGGGUAUAUGUUGACGGACAUGACGAUCGAGCUCUGUGAUCGUUAUCCUUGGCUGGCAGAGAUUAUGACCACUGAGCCGCCGAUGCGCCGGAUAGGGGACCGGACAGACCUCAAGGUGCCCGUGGUGUACCUCUUGUCGGAUGCAAGCGCAUACCACACUUCGGAUGAUAUAUUGAUAACGGGUGGCAUUCACGCGGGCAGAUUGCUGUGA